GCCGGCCGACCUCCCUCCCUUCCCUUUCCUUCCCUUCCCUCCCGGCGCCCGGCGGGGGGGGCGGUUGCCGGCGGGGGCCGCCCGGUUCCCCUGGCAACGCGGGGCGCGGCGGCGGCGGCGCAGGCGGCCGGGCGGCGGCCAUGGGCAGCUGGGCCGCGGCGACAUGGCGGCUUGGUGGCUGCAGCGGGCGCGGCGGCCUCCGCGGCGCACCGCGGCGGCGGGGCAGCUCCCACCUCGGCGGUGGGGACCGGGCGGCGACCCUGAGCGACCUGCUGCAGAGCUCGGUGGGGGCCGAGGAGCGGGGCGCGGCGGCGGCGGCGGCGGCGGCGAGGCGGGAGCAGCGGUCCCCCCGGGAGGGCACGGUGCUGCUCUUCCCCGGGCAGGGCAGCCAGUUCGUGGGGAUGGGCCGCGGGCUGCUGCGGUACCCCGGCGUGCGGGACAUGUACCGCCUGGCCGAGAAGGUGCUGGGCUACGACCUGCUCUCCCUCUGCCUGGAGGGGCCGCGGGACGAGCUGGACCGCACCCGGCACUGCCAGCCCGCCGUGUUCGUCGCCUCCCUGGCCGCCGUGGAGAAGCUCAACCACCAGCAGCCUAAAGUGGUGGAGAGCUGCGUGGCGGCGGCGGGGUACAGCGUGGGGGAGUUCGCGGCGCUGGUCUUCGCUGGAGCCCUGGGCUUUGCCGAAGCGCUGUACGCGGUGAAAGUGCGCGCCGAAGCCAUGCAAAAGGCGUCGGAAGCUGUCCCCAGUGGAAUGCUAUCGGUUAUCGGUCGGCGAGAGGCAAAUUACAAAUUUGCCUGCUUGGAAGCCCGUAAACACUGUGAAUCUCUGGGUAUAGAAAACCCCGUAUGUGAAAUUUCAAACUAUUUGUUUCCAGACAGCAGAGUCAUUGCAGGACACUUACAGGCUUUGGAGUUUUUGCAGGAGAAUGCCCGAAAAUAUUAUUUUACGCGUACAAAAAUGCUUCCAGUCAGUGGGGCUUUUCAUACCAGACUUAUGGAACCAGCAGUAGAGCCAUUGGCUGAAGUCCUAAAAUCGAUUGAGAUUCAGAAACCACUGGUCUGUGUCUAUUCCAAUGUUGACGGCAAAAAGUACAUGCACUCAAAGCACAUUCAGAAGCUGUUAGCGAAGCAGGUGGUUUCACCUGUUAUGUGGGAACAGACCAUGCAUUCUGUAUACGAAAGAAAGCAAGGAACAGAAUUUCCUUACACGUACGAAGUGGGGCCUGGGAAGCAACUAGGAGCUGUUCUCAAAAAAUGUAAUUUAAAGGCCUGGAAACAAUAUAACCAUGUAGAUGCUCUGGAAGAUGAGGAAGCAGCAGAGACCUAAGUAGCCUUUUGAGAAAAAUCCACGCAACUUGUUUUUUCUGCCUAAUUUAAAAACAACUUUGUGCUCCCAAAAGAGGAAGUCUUAAAAAACAUUCAUGGCUUCUCAUGAUGAAAAGAGCACCGUGCGUGUAAUCGCAAUGAACGUUUUCCUUCCCCGUGUGCCUCAGGCGUGGAAGGGGAGAGCAAAGUCUGGCUCUUCUCUCUGUGUCGGGACUGCAAAACUGCCAAUAAACACACCAAAUAGCCGCUUUUUUGGCCUCAAUCCUGCAAGCAGCUUCCCCUCUUCUUUUUUUUUUUUUUUCCCAAGAUUUUUUUGGGCGGAGUGUGGAUUCAAGUUAAAGUCGGUAGCUUUGGCCGUCUGGUGCAAGGGUUUCCUGCGUGGAUACAGGGGUAGAACCGGGCUGUUGGCUCUGGGUUGUGGAGGGCUCUGCGCUGGGCUUGAGGGUGCGUUUAGAGAAGCCGUCCAGUUGGAUCACGUUGGUGAUCCUGUUUUCUAACUCAGCUGACUUGUGGGACAUUCAUCUGUGUAAAAUUCUUUUAUUUUGUGUGCGUAUUGCCAGGUAGCAGCCAGGUGAGGCAGAAGAUGUUAUCAGGAACGUGAUUUUCUUAAGGUUAAAUUAUAAAUAAACUAUAAAGCUUUUCUUGGUAUUUUUAAUGUUGUGGAGCGCGUGAUUACUGGCCUAUAGUGCACAUGUGGAUGGAAGUAAUAUUCCCUCCAGUUGUCCAGUGCCGUGUUGGUUGUGCCAAGUUACACAAGAAAUGUUUCACUGAAAGAAAAAGCUUAACAAAAUUCACCACUUCCCCAGAGGUGCAGGGCUUCUGGCGUCCCUGACCGAGCCUGUGAGGCUGCGUCGGCUGAAUUGGCCCUUUGGGUGACUUUUCUUGACGGAGCAGAAAAGAGCAGCGCUGGAAAUGUUGUGGAAAGGUUUUUUCGGGGGCACCUUUGGACAGAGUGAACCCUGUGGUAACAGAGUGCCAGGGAGGAGGAUUUGAAUGCUGGUGGUUUGGUUGUCUCUGUGUUUUUGACUGUGUUUUGCCAGCUUGUUUAGUUUCCGAAAGCAGGAGAUGAGCUGGAGAGUAGCGGGUUGUCCUGAGCCCUCCUGGAAAGAGCUUCCCGGUUCCCUUGUUGGCACCGACUGUCGUUGGAUGGGUGAGGGCUGGUGGCAGGUCCCUGGGCUGGCUGGCUGCGGGGAGAGCACCCGCUGCCGCCAGCACAUUCCUCGGUGCCUGCAAUGCUUGAGGUGACACUCGAAACGGCUUUAGCCCCAAAUCCAGGGGUUUGGAUUCUGUAACCAACCCUUGGCUUAUUAAAAUAGGUCCGGUCGUGUUGCAACAUCGCGCUGCCUGUGCAAGAUGCCUGCAGUGUGCGCAGAAGACGUAUGCUUGCUUUGCUUGCUCUGCGCCUGUAAGGGGUACUGAAAGCUUUCAGAAAUACCAGAGAACAGUAUUUGCUAGGGGAUCAUGUACAAACAAGCAGGGAGAGGUUACAUGGUGCAUAUUGUAGUGUGACCAGGAGCUUCAACUGAACUCUAGCUCUUUUAUUUUUGGUAUUUUAAUGGUACAUUUAACAGAUAUAUAGGAAAAAUUUAUGAUAUAUUACUUAAAUGACCAUGCACAUCUUCAAUAAUUUAUUAUGAAAUGCAGAAUAAAUUCCAAUUGCAGUAUUAAUCACUUCAUAAUAUCACAUUUCUGAAAGGGAAAGUGAAUUUUAAAAUACUAGCCUCAAUUAGUGGAGUGUAUUAUUAAACAGUUCUUUUGUGAACUGAAAUUGGCAGCUGAGCCUACCUUUACAGUACAAAUUCCACUUUUGGCAUGUGUAAACAUUAACUAUUAGUAAAAUACAGAAAAAAUUGUCAGCUGUUGGACUGUUAGAGGCUGCCAGUUAAGGGUUGGGAUUGCUGUAAAGAAAAUUAUUUCAGUGAAGGCUCCUGCGUUACAGGUAAGGUGUUAAUUAUUCAAUAAAGCAUACCAAAGUCGUCACUAGAUGGUUAGAAUAGCUCCAUCAAAUCCCAUUCAUAUUAUUAAACACUGAAUUAUGUGCUGUGUUAGAAGUUUCUGCCUACAUCUUGUAAGACCAAACGCGACGUUAGUGACUUUGAAACCAGCUUUUAUGAUAGUUGGAACUGAGCAUGGUGUGUUGGUGGCACUAAUUUUGGUUUUAGUAUAGUGCUUUAUAGUUUCUGGACUUUUUUUCUAAUUAUUUUAACUUUUUUGUGGAAAUUUUGGAGACCUGUUUUCUAUUUGUAUUAUUCUUGCCUUUUUUUUUUUUCCCCUCCUCCUUUCACUUUGUUGCACACUUUGCCUGGAAUAAAAGCUCUUCGGGAGAAUCCUGCUAAAAAUCUCUGCAAAUGCAGAAUAUUAGAUCACCUUUGCACCUUCAUCAGGUGCAGAGUGCUGAAGGGAUGUCUGUAUUCUAAGAGCAUCCCACUCUUGUGGGCCGUGUUUAAUUAGUGGGAAGAAGGAACCAUAGCCACUGUGCAGGUGUUUGCUUUUCUUCUGUGCAGCGUUUGAGCCUAAGCCGAGGUAGCGAGCCGUGAGUUGCUGAGCCUGCUCCUCAGCUCCUCAGUGAGCCUCGUGUCUUCAAAACCAGAAGCCAAGCGGUGUCGUACUCUUGUGUUGAUGUUGCAGUUUAUAUCAGCUAAAAAAGUGUGAUGGAGGUCUUCAUACCUCUGUAUCGAGAGCGUUCAGGGCUUGCUUUUGUGCAGUGCCUGGCGGCACGACAUCACGUUGGUGCAUGGCUGUAAAUGAGCAGAAGCGUGUCUCGUGUUGUAAACCUUGUCUGUGGCUAGGCAGAGAGCGGCAUGCAGAGUAAUUAAGAAUCCAGGAUCUUAGCACUGUUACCUGCAUUUCUCUUAUGUGCUUACUCAUCUACGCCUUCGGCUUCUGUAAACUCAAAAGUUGGCGCAGUUCCUUCACCUAGGAACAAGCAGAAACAGGAUGUGGAAAAAAAAUCAAGUGCUGUAAACUCCAUCACAUGAGGAAGUGUGCAGUAAAAAAAAAACCAAAACAAAAAAGAGAGAAUUAAAUUUUGGUCUCCUGAGUCACAGCGUGAAGCCUUAACUAAGAGGCUCUUUGCUCAGCUCCGCAGGUGAGAGGGGAGCCUGGUAAUUGCUGCUCACUGCCGUACUCCAGUUUCCACUAGGUCUUGUUGCGGAUGCUGUUCGCUUUGUGUUUCACUUGCUUCGUUGGUGUGAUUGCAUUUUCUGUUCCUUGAGACUGUGUUUUGCUCCGUACGUGCUGGAUGCUGAACUUCACCUCUCUUGUGAUUCAAGAUGUUACAUUAUUGAUUGCAAGAGUGUGAAAAAGGAGAGUCGUCCCACACAGCUCUCAGAUGGAAGAGGCAGUGCGGCAGUCGCCCGUUUAUCAUUGCUCCCCUGUGCAUAAAGAUAUUUUAUCUAGAAAUAACUGAAGUUAUUUUGUAGUGUUAAAGUGAUUCAGCUGGGAAGAAUCUAUUUUUUGGCAGCUGGUACUUCCGUUACACAUGCAUAGGUUGUUUAUUAGACCUUCUUGAUGGGAAUUUUUACCCUUCGCUAAGUAAUACUUAACAUAUUUUGUAUCCCACUGCUAUUAUGGAAUUAAACAGAGCUGUCAAUUCGCUG